GGAGUCCGGACGGCCCGGGUGGAACGGGCGCCCGAGCCGGCGCCGCCAGCAGGCGUACGGGUACUGCGCGGGGCACUGCACCGCACCAUUCCGCGCGGGACGGAGUGGAGCCGCAGCCCCACGCGCCGCCCAGGACCCUCUCGCCACCAGCGCCUCCACAGCACCCAUGGGGACCAGAAGACUUUAAAGGAGUUUGGGGUUUCGGGAGCAGGGAAAUCACCGAUCCCGGCUCCUGGCCCUUGCCUGGCCGCGUCAUUGAUGGGCAACCAACUGGACCGCAUCACCCACCUCAACUACAGCGAGUUGCCCACAGGCGACCCAUCGGGGAUCGAGAAGGACGAGCUGCGGGUCGGGGUCGCCUACUUCUUCUCAGAUGAGGAGGAGGACCUGGACGAACGCGGCCAGCCGGACAAGUUUGGCGUGAAGGCCCCCCCUGGCUGCACUCCCUGCCCAGAGAGCCCCAGCCGGCACCACCACCACCUGCUGCACCAGUUGGUCCUUAACGAAACUCAGUUCUCAGCCUUUCGGGGUCAGGAAUGCAUCUUUUCCAAAGUAAGCGGCGGCCCUCAGGGCGCCGACCUGAGUGUCUACGCGGUCACCGCGCUGCCUGCGCUCUGCGAGCCAGGCGACCUGCUGGAGCUGCUAUGGCUGCAGCCUGCGCCGGAGCCGCCCGCGCCUGCCCCACACUGGGCCGUCUACGUGGGCGGCGGGCAGAUCAUCCACCUGCACCAGGGCGAGAUCCGCCAGGACAGCCUGUACGAGGCGGGCGCGGCCAACGUGGGCCGGGUGGUGAAUAGCUGGUACCGCUACCGCCCGCUGGUGGCCGAGCUGGUGGUGCAGAACGCCUGCGGCCACCUGGGCCUCAAAAGCGAGGAGAUCUGCUGGACGAACUCGGAGAGCUUCGCUGCCUGGUGCCGGUUUGGCAAGCGGGAGUUCAAGGCGGGAGGGGAGGUGCCUGCCGGCACGCAGCCCCCACAACAGCAGUACUAUCUUAAGGUGCACCUGAGUGACAACAAGGUGCACACUGCCAGGUUUCACAGCCUGGAAGACCUCAUCCGCGAGAAGCGCCGCAUCGAUGCCAGUGGUCGCCUGCGAAUGCUCCAGGAGCUCGCAGAUUUGGUGGACGACAAGGAGUAGCCUCCAGGGGCGGCCUGUCCCUCCUGUUUCCCCACGCCCCGCUCCCUUCCCCGUACCAGGGUUCCAGGCGGGCAAUUCAAUACCCCACCCCACCUCGCCUGUCCGCCGGGGGCCAGUACCCAGGCUGCACCCUCGCACCCCUCCAGCAAGUGGCAGGAAGUCUCAGGAACUGGCUCUGAGACUAUAAGGACAGCUGUGCGCCCCUAGCUGAAAACGCCCAGUGGUGGUGAUGGUGUUGGGAAACCCAGCUUGCACUUUUCCGUUGAGUUAUAAGAGGGGAAAGGAGAAUGGGCUGAGGGGAGCAAGGACCUGACUGCUCCCCAGAGUCACUGCUCAGCGACUAUCACCUCCACCUACUGCAAAGGGACCAUCACCGCCCCAAAUGCGCACACAAAGACCGGUGGGAGGUGAGAAUUGAUCUCUUCAGGGUACACAGUUCAGCUCCUGUAUGGAUACGUCCCCAGAUUGCAGGAUUUCCAAGAAAUCGAGCCUGUCCCUUACGCACUUGUGAAUCAUUCCACAAGAGAGCACCCCGGAACUCCGGGUUAUCCCUAGACUGCCCGGGACCGGUCCAGCUCUCCAGCCCUAGGUCUCCUGACAUUAUAUCCCAAGUUCUGGGCUAAGCUAGACAGUGUUUGCUGCCUGUUUCCACCGAGAAAAGGGAACGCCACCCCCCACCGGCAUUUGCCUGUGAGUCUCCCUCGCUGGCAGAAGGGAAGCUUCCCGGACCAGGGAAGAACGUGGCGCAGCUAAUUUGGUGAUGAGCGCCGGCCCAGUCCCCAGCGAGGAGAAGGUUCUCCUGAUGUCUGGGAACUUGAAUUUGUGGAGAAGGGCGCUUGUUGUUCUUAACCCUAGAAUGCUCCCUCCUUGGGCUGCGUUUCAAAAAUAAUCAUAUUUUUAAAGAGUUUGGAGGAGAGGGAGGGGGAAGACAUGGCAACAUUCCAGAAACCAGCAUUAUUAACGACACCAUAAGCCAGUAUAUUUAGUUUGGCUUUUCCUAACAUAGAAAUCUUAGAAGAUGGGGAAGUGGAAAUAAAGUUUAAAAAAUGAGGGAGCAGUUUCCAACUAUGUCAACACAGCCUAUCUGUUGAUGUUUUUAUUGACCAUUUUAGCAACAUGCUAAUAAAAUUUCAAAUUGAAAGUUUUAUUUUCAUGGCUUUAAUCCAUGAUAGUUUAAAUACUGGGGGCCAUUAAGAGUGGAUUUAGCUAACAGCUUAGCUAACAUUGCCUUUUCACUCUAUUUUUCUGAAAUCCUGUUUGUGAAUAUUGUAGUUAAUUUUUUGGCUUUAAACAACAGCCCUAGCAAUGGUGGAGUUGUUCAUCACAGUGUAUGUUGUACUGAAUUUCUGUCAGUUACGGGGUUUACUUCUUUGAUGGAAAUUGUUAGCAGGUUCCAUGAUUUUCUUUUCUCCGCGUUGUAAACCACUACCAUUCCACAUUUGCAUUUCUAUUUUUCUUCCUCUCCCCUUGAUCUCCUUAAAAAAAAAAAAAAAAAAAGAAAAAGAAAUGAUUCUAGAGUCGGUGGCUUUUCCCCUCCACUUUAGCCAGUCCCACAUUCAUUCCUGAACACCAGAGAGGACUUGUAGGAUCAGGACAAAUGUGUAUAUUUCAAAACAUUAAGGCUGUUUGAAACCCCUUCCUUGAGCAAGGAUUUACCAACCUCUCUCCCCAUUCUGCAGCUCCAGCCUGACUGUUACUUAAUUCAGUGUGCAUUAGACACCUGCAGCGUCUAUGUCACUUUCAAGGGGAAUUUGUCAAGUAAAGGUGUCAGCUAAUUGUUGCAAGCAAUUGCCUAUUGACAGCUGUGAUUGAGUUGGACAGCAAAUAUUGUGGCCAAAGCCAGGUUCUUGGCAUUUCAAAAAUAAUGCAAUAAAAACUAGUCGAGGUUAGCUGAGACUGGAAAUGCCUUUUCAUGGUAAAUGAUUCAUUUCUGUUUUGUGUUUUGGUUUUCAUCCUGGAUUCAUUUCCUGAUCGUGAAUCAAAAGGUCAGAUCCAUGGAAUAUGGACUAGAAUAUUUUUCUUAAGCUGAUUGAGUGAUUUAUUUUUUAAAAAUGUUUAAAUGCAUAUGUUUUCCUUUCAGCAUCUACAAUGGCAUAACUUUUGUAAUAACUAACUUACCUUUGCAUGUAUGGAGAACUGAAAGUCAUUUGUUUCCCUAACUUAUUCCUCUUUCAAAUAACAGAUGGCAGAUCAUAAACCGAAAUUCUUUACUGUAUCUACACACUGCACAGUCUUCUGUGUCCUACCACUGUACUUGGCUCUCUGCUGUAUUAAACACCGACCUAAGCAUUUGAUCCAACAGGACUCCUUCUUGACAUUUUGUCUUCCACGUGUCACUCAGAUGAUGGGACUUCAGCAAAAGAAAUGAAUCUGUCUGUAUCACACCUAAUACUAAGAUUUAUUUCCUCUGAUGGCACGUAAUCUGAUUUUUCUCUUACUGAGAGGGUCACUAUAAGAGAGGAAUGGCUUAUCAGCUUUAUACUUGCCAAAACUGGCAAUAAAAACGAGUUUGGCAGCCAAAGUAGCAUUCAUGACUGUAUUGGUGUAUUAAGGAUUGGGUUGAUGAUAAUGCUUGUACAGAUUCAUAACAGUAAAACAUUGGUUACAAAGGGAACUUGAAAGGUUUAUAAGGUUUCUCAUACGACUGUUGGAAUAAUCCUUGAUUACUUGUUAGUCAAUGUUAAUAAUCACAGGUGGUGUAAUGAUUCUAAUCAUAGUGCACCAUGGAGAGGAUAUUAUCAAAAUAUUAUCCAAUAGCUUUAUCCUGAAAAACAUGUAUAUUUUAGGGCGUUAUUAGUGAUGUAAGUGAAACCAAGAAGGUGGAAAUCCCCUUUGAAGGUGGCAUGGGAUAGGCACACUUGAUUUUUUAUUAUGAGUGAAUAUAACACCUCUGGAUUUUAUUAGACUCAUAGAAAUUAAGCCAAAGCCUUCUAACGUUUAAUAGAAGUCGGGGAUUUUGUUUUGGUUUUUGUUUUCCUUAAGAGAAUACAGCUUCAUAGUAACUUCUGUGAUAUACUGAGUGUUAAGCUGCAGCUUGGUCUGUCAGCUGUCAGCUCUCCAGUAUAGAGUUGUCUGUAUACAUCCAUUCUUUCCCACUUUCACAGGGUGAUGCUGAAAAGCAAACUACUUAAAAAAAAAAAAAAAAAAGGUGAAAUAUUUUUACUCCAAGGAAUGCUUUGCUACACAUUUUGUUAUUUUAAAAAAAGGAACUGGGGGGAAGAAGGGAGACUGGGCAUACUUUAAACAAUCCAGCUCUGACAUACUGUUAUUCUCAAAGUGUAUUCCUUUGU